AGGAGAGGUGACCCGCGGGUUUUACUAUUUCCGGUCGCGUCAUCAAGGUGCUUUUCCAGGUUGAGCAAGUUACUAUGACUGAUUUGUUUGAGCGCACACACACACACACACACACUUGUCUCCUGACGUGAAUCUUCUCUCACAGACGUUUCCCCCCCGUCGAAAUGACAAAGGAAACCCGUGGAAACUUCACGCGUUGACUUUCUAACGUUUCUGAAGUGUUUCUGACGAAGGCUCGUUGGCUUUGUGUCCGUUUCCUUUGGGCUGCUCGGUGCUGAGAAGAACCGCGGGACUUUUAAGGGCUGUCGGACACUCCGGAGACCUGAACAUGCGGCUGCUGCGGGACGGUGCGUUCACGGCCCUGCUGCUUCUGGUCAGCGGAGCUUCAGCUUUGGCAGUUCGGCCUCCAACAAACGUGACUGUGGGCUGCCAAAAUACCAAAGUCAUCGUCAGCUGGGAAUACAGCACACAGCAACCAGAGACCAGCUUCAAGGUGUUCCUCAUAGGUGCUAAUGGGCAACAUGAGAAUGAAACCUCUGACCGUCAGUUCGAUCUGAGCCGCUUCGUCUGGUCAUCUGAAGACCACUACAUGGACAACUUUUUCGUCGCCGUGACGGCCAGACAGGGAAACAAGCAGUCUGAACCAGCCCAGUCUAAAACAUUCAGCUUUAACAACAUGAAGACAGUUGAUACGACAUGUCGGUUAGAUUUCCCUCCUGUGAACCUGAAGCUGAAGGAGUCGCAGGCCACAGUGAAUUUCACAAAUCCCUCCUACUUCUACAGAGAACUGAAGGAGGCUGAGAAGUCGGGUGCUGCCUGCUUUAGUUUCAGCAUCAUUUGGGAUGGCGGAGAAAAAGAGUUUUGCUGCAAAGUGACAGAAGAAAACUGCAGGCGUGAUGUCGUACUUCCUGAAGGAGUGAACUGCGUCACGCUGGGAGGAACGUUGUUUGACAGCAUUGGUGUUGGCCAAGUGUUGUUCAGACAGACUGAAAAAAUCUGCCCCAAACCGUCAUCUGGGGGUCACGGGUUGACGCUGAUCAUCCUGCUGUCCAUCAUGGCCCUCUUGGUGAGCGUGGCCAUUGUCCUCAUCUGGAAGGUGAAGGCCUGGACGAUGAGAUCCGAGCCUCUACCCAAAUUUCUGCCGUCCCCUCCCAGCGAUGAGAGGCAGACGUACAAGAUUAAACCCACCGUUUACUCUCGUGUUGUAGUGAUUCCCCCUUCACGCUCUUCAGUCAGCUCCGAGGACGAGGGGACACAUCCCACCAAGACAAAUCCUACACACUCCAGCAGCCAGGAGCUGAGGUCGAUUUCAGAGGACGACUCUGAAGACUCCGAGAAAACAGAGUGUCUCUCGAUGUAUUUGGAGGAACGGGAGCAGGAGCAGCAACAGGAACAGGAAGUGUUGGCCUACGACCGCCCUCACCUCAUACAAGUGGACAUGGGUGACGGAGACACGGCCACAGCUUACACCAGCAGGUAGGACAGCAGUCGGAGGACUCGGUCACAUGCGUCCCUCAGCACACCUGCUCUGAAGACCUUACAAGGAGCUGCUGUACACCACAUUCACCCUCAGACUUUCUUCGAUUGGAUGCAGCACUACCCACAAUGCCUUGCAAACAGCUCCACCCCCAGAAAACACUUGUUUCUAUCAACUUCCUUCACUAGAAAAUCACAUUUUAGAAGAUCCAGCAGUUCGCCGCGCUGCUGGAUUCACCACUGGAACGAACUGGUGAUGUUCCUGUCAGCUUCCCAGCUGUUCGCCGCCUGCUUACAGCUGCAGCCGUGCAGACUGUAGUCAGGUUGAUUUUUAUCUGAAGGAACGAAGAGCAAAUCACGUCUGCUAUGAGGGCUUUUUGUUGUCACAUAGUUGCAGCUGGAACUGCUGUGUUUGCCAGCUUUUAUGGUUUUAUUGUUUAGUAGGAUGUUUGACACUCGCUUGCAUCAAGUGAUAUUUGAUUUCUGUCGCAGAGGUGAGGCUGAACAAAGUUUGGUCCUGUCUCUGUUUUUAGAAACAGUAAUGCAGCUCAGACGGCUUCUUUUGUACAAAGUAGUUCCAGUGCAAACAUGGAGGCUGCAGGUCGUCCAGGACAAACAUGGAGGCUUAUUUAAGAGAUGCUGCGGCUGAAUCAGAACGACUUCAUGACAAAGUGCCAGCAGAGGUAAAUUAAAAAAUGUUUCUUUGUUGGUGUGAAGUGAACCUUUACGCUCCUCCUGGUUGUUCCUGCACAGCAGGUUUUGUAAAUGCCUUCCAGCCUCGCCAGCAGCCACACCUCAUCGACUGUACAACCUGCUGUUUGUCUGCUGUGACCAACCGUGUGUGUGUGUGUGUGUGUGUGUGUGUGUGUGUGUGUGUGUGUUUACACUACUUCGGGGUAGCUCGUUUUAAAAGUUGUGAGUAACUUUUGUCUUGUCACUUUAAUAAAGGGCUAAAAUGACACCAAUAAACACUCAUUUUACA